AUGGGCUUUGUAUCAGGAUUUACGGGUGGGGUGACGCUCACAUUGGGGAUCGCCUAUUUGGCCGUGCAAGCCCACCAGCGUAACCGUCAAACACAAGGCGAUCUUCUGCGCGCCCAAACCCACCUACUAAAUACGACGACCGCACCCUCCGAUGCGCGCCAGCCCGAGAUCCUCCCCCGGUCGUCCAGGCCUCCGCGGGCGGUCCUCCCGCGGACCGAUUUCAUCGAAACAGCCAAGGACCGGUGGAACCAUGAGGUCUUGAGGCUCGCACAGCUGGUGCAGAGCCGCGACGCAAGCGAAGCGGUGGAAGAGGUGGAGGACGCCGUCGUGCGCGGACUGGCCAAGGCUGGUGCUGCGGCAGGCACCGCUGCAGGCUCUGUGGUCGACCACGGCGUCCCUGUCGCGGCUGAGUCGACCAAGGGUGCCGUGGCCUCGUUGGUCGACAAGGCCAAGGCCGCUGUCGGUCGGGCUCAGGACAAGCUCUCCGGUGCUACCACGAGGGGCUCCGAGGUCGUCGCGGCUGAGGCCCCCCUCUCUGCCGUUGAGCGUGCGUUGCAGCAGCGUUUCGAGAGCCGGGAGAGCAUCUUGGAACAGAGCGUUGAGGAGGCGCUCAAUGAGAGAUAUAAGCCCCUGGAGGAACAGAACCAUAAUGUUCUGCGUGCGUUAUAA